AUGAUGCAUUCACCGCACAUUAUAAGUAUGCCAGUUUAUGCUGCUACCUUGUUGGUGUUGUUCAAGGAAAAUUCAGUGCUGCUUGCAAAGUACAAAUUAUUUCUCAUUGCGCACAUUUUCAUAAAUAUUAUUUCCGAGUUUUAUGUGUCGUUUCUGAUGUUGCCAACUACUGAUUUUCGGGAAUUUUUCAGUUUUAUGUUUUGGUGCAACUAGUCAUGGGCAGUUGGCGUAUCAAUAAAUGAAAUGGUUUUUUAUCGUUUCAAAGGGGCAGUCUUCAGUUUCAAAAAAUGCAUAUGCUUUAGAAUCUUGUCUUUGAAAACAUAUUUGUUUCGAGCUGUGUGCUGCGUACCAUCAGUGCUGGGGGUAGUGACCAUAAAGCAAAGUUUGGCGUUUCAAGAAGAAACCAGAAAUACUUUAUUCAUAAAUUAUCCAAAAUUGCCAAUCGAGGUCACUUGUUAUUCUGUAAUAAUCUUUGCACUAAACGAUGCCACUCUAUGGAUGUUAAGCUUGACUUUUGAAGUUGCUAUUGUAUUAGCAGUUUCAAUAGGUAUUAGUUGCUUAUUUUUGAUUGUUAUAUUUAUGAAGAAGGACGUCAUAAUUUCUCGGUCAACUAUGGAAAUGGAGAAUAUAUUCAUUAUUAGCCUAACUAUUCAGGCACGCAUACAUUUUAUUAUGAUUUUAAUACCGAGCUGUUUUCAAGUGUACGUAUUAUUCUUCUCAUUUGAUCAUGAUGUUAUUGGUAAACUGUUAAUUCUGUCGGUGACCUAUCAUGGCUUUUUCUCGACAUUAGCAAUGGUAAUUUUCACAAGACCGAUUCGAGUUAGAAUAUUUCGUUGCAAAAUUUGCCCUUCGAAUAAAAAAACUUGUGUUGUUAAACCGUCCCACCUUAUUAUGCAUACAGGUUCGAUUUAUUAG